AUGCAAGGUUCAUCUUCAACGCAUGCUCGAAGUGAUUCGUUUGGCGAAUUCCAGAUAGCAGACGAACCUUUAGAGCUCGGCACAAAUCAACAGGAUGAUCGUAUUUUGGAUUUACGCCCUAUCGAACAGAAACUCGACGCACAUCGGCAUGAGCAGAUUGCUGAGGCUAUUACCACUGAGCAAGCGGGACCUAGCUCUAGUCUACGAGCUAUAGAACACGAAAAUACGGAACAGAAAGACUCAAAGCCUUCUUCCUAUGCAGGGGCUAUAUGGAGUAAGCUUAGCGCUCUGAGCGCGUUCCAUGAUGCAUUGUCCAAACCGCAUCCGCCUCGCCGACGACCGUCCGUCGUUCGCCGACACACAUCCUCUGCCCCAAUUUCUGGAGCUCCUGGCUUUGAUCCGAAUGCCUCGCCGCAUUGGAAUCGUGGGAAUUGGACAUUAUCCUCGUCUGAGCUCUCACGCGAUCGGCAGCCGAUUCCCGUCAUUCUCAAGGAUAGGAACCAAGACACGGACGCGGUAAUUGAGCCCUGGCACGCCGCACGCAUUCAAUCACUUCUACCUUUGCGAUUACGACUAGGAAAGUCUUGGUCACUGGUUUAUUCACUCGAUCAGCACGGCUCUAGUCUAGCUACAUUGUACAGUCGCAUCGAAAGAUUUACGGGUUUGAGAUCGUCCUCGGACAGCAUGCAAAGCGAGGGAUGGCUUCGAGGAUCAUCGCUAGCUGCUCAAUCAGCUGUUUUGGGAACGAGUUUGUCAGAUGAAAGCCUAGGUAAAGGUGUAUCGACUGAAAUGGCCAUGGUCCUGGCUGUAAGUGAUACAGAUGGCAAUGUGUUUGGAGCAUUUAUAAACGAACCAUUGCAUAAAUCAUCACAUUACUACGGAAAUGGGCAGUGUUUCUUGUGGAAGACAGUACAGCGACGCUUGCCCGUGCCUCCAACGGAAACUGAUGGUGAUGCGAGCAAUUAUGACGACAUGCACCCUGAUCGUGCUAUCGAGUAUUUCUGCUGGUCAGGAGAAAACGAUUAUAUGGUACUUUCAGAGUCUGACUAUUUGUCUGUCGGAGGAGGGGAUGGUCGGUAUGGCUUGUGGUUGGAUGAUACGUUUUCUAAUGGCUUAUCGUCUCGGUGCCCCGCCUUUCAUAACGAGGUGCUAUGUAAUGCAAUCGAGAGCCAAGCCACAAAUGCCGCAGAUACGGCACCCAAGCCAUCUGUAGACCUGCUCAUACCUUUGGACGAGACCCAUGGCGCAAGUCCCCUACCCGAAACCAGUCGAUUUACGUGCAUAGGUGUUGAGGUAUGGGCCGUAGGCUUGGAUUAG